AUGACGGACCGCACCAGCUCCGACAGCGACGCAGACAUAUUGAGAGUCGCGCUUGGUGCGCCAGCUCGUCAGGUCCUCGAGCAUGCCCAGUCCAAUGGUCCGAGAACCGGAUGGAAGGAUGGCUUCCUCUCCAGUGAACACGGCUUUUGUCCGGCCAACAUCGAACAGUCUAGAGUCCAUCUACAAAGCACGCUUGGCGCUGUCUGGCUCGAAACAUGCCAACGACUGCCUGCGCUCAUCCGGAGGGGUGCUGUCGGCAACGCUCUUAGGUCGAUGCCGCUGAUCAGUGGUUCAUCAGACACAAUCCCAGAUCAGGCGCUCUGGGCGGCAUCGGUGGCUCUAAGCAGAAUAAGUGCAGCUCUUGCAGCGGAGAAUGCUAUGAUCUACUCGAAAAUCUCACACGUUGUUCGUCAUACCAACGAAUUGCCAAUCACGCUUUCAUCGCCUCACGAACAGCUACUGGAACGUCUUCGUCCUGAGAGUGGGAUCGACUGCCCAUAUCAUGAUCUGGUCAGCGCACACCUAUUGAGCGAUAUCGAGCAAAAAGAGGGCGGCGUCUGGCAUGCGAAUGUACACUCUGCAAGCUCUCGGAUUGUUGAGCUCGUUGUGCAAGCGCAAGAAAUGGUUAUUCAGGAGGCGGCAACCUCUCUGGUGCAAGUGCUGCUGCGAAUGAAGCGGGCUGUCGAAGAGGCUGUUCCGUACCUUCGUCGGACUCCUGCAGAGAAGUUUGUUGGGCUCAACGCGUUAUGCCACCACCUGAGCCUCGAAGAUCACUUUCUCGGACUCCCGAUCUUCCAGGUAUUGCAUGCAGUCAUUGGUGAGCCGGCACGACUUGAGCGCGUCUUACGCCAGUUCCCAAAGCUUCGGAAAGCUCUGCCUCUGAACAUCCGAGCAUUUCUCGCUGCCAUCGAGAACCAUCAUAACAUAUCGAAGUUUGUCGCUCAGUCAAGCGACAUGCAGCUUGCGAAGGCCUGGCAGGCUCUGGAAACAGCAUAUCACGGACCAGGCGGUAUCUUGCCUCUGUACUUGCAAAAGCGUGAUGCUUGGCGUAGCUGCGUCUCUCGGCUUAGCCGUCCAACAGCAUCACAAAGACCGCCCUGGGAUCCAGAGGACGACUCGCUAAUGGACUCACCACAAGUGGAUUUCGAGGACCAGCCAUUCACGAGAUGCAAUACUCGGGCGAAAGUGAUUUCACGAUCAUUGGUUGACACUGAUCCCAACGGUGCCACGGCCCUGAUUACGCUGGCAACCCCCGAGUCUGAUGGAUUGCCAUUCGAGAAUGGAGAUCGACUGCUGGUGAUGCCACUCAAUCCGUGGUCUGAAGUUGAAAAGGUGUCGGCAGCGCUCGGUCUGGAGAACUUUCUCGACGUCUCCGUACCACUGUAUGGCGGCACCUCGUGGGACCUCUUCGCCAGGCAGCUGGGUUCAAAGCAGUCGUUACAUGCUCCCAUACUGACCGUCAGAGAUGUGCUCAGAUACGGCCAAAUUGGAUCUUUGACGAAGGAACACAUGAAUGAUCUGGAUGCGAUGUUUCACGGCACCUCGCCCCUAGUCAAGAAGCUGUUGGCGUCCGAGAGCUGGCCUGUGAUGGGCACUCUUGGCGAUGUCCUUCAACGAGCCAUUGAAGAGGUUUCUCCGAUCGUCUGGGACACUAUAUUUGACCUGGAGCACCUGUCUUGGCUCACACAGCUGGUCUCAGUUGGCACACCACAGCUCUACUGCAUCUCAAGUCCUGCGCUCAUGGGCUCUGGACUGCCCUCAGUGGUCAAGAUCAUGGUCGAGAGAGUGUCUUACGACGUCCCGGUGGAGCUUGAUAGUGGACUGGAGUCGACGAAAAGAUUUGAUAUGACAAGCCAGGCAUUACAUCCAGAUCCAGACGAUAUGAACGAGGCGGACCCUGGUAAUGAGGACGAAUUUCCAUUUCUCGUCGGCACUGCACCAGGCUUAAUCUGCACUUUGCUUUUCCUUGCGCAUCAAUCACAAGAAAGGUUUCCCUUUCGCGAAGAGCUUGAGCGGUUGCAGGCUACAGAGCAGAUGAAGGUCUUCUCGACCGCGCGCAACUCCACCACUGGACUCGACAGUCGACGGCUUCUGGCAUCUAUCGUGCUAGACCAGGGUCAGCUGCUCUGGGAUAUGCUCAUGCCUGUCUCAGAAGGCGGUCUCGGGGGCCAGCUCUACAUCUCGGGAUCGAUCGACCUAUUUCACUCCGUUGUGACAGGCUUGAGGCGUGCGUUGUACAAUGCGGACUGGUCGAUGCAAUCCAUUUCAGCCGAAGCAGCCGUCAAGGAUGCCGUGAUGAACGGCCGCAUCGUGCUGGACAUCCACCCGGAUCCGAUGGCCACGAUGACGAACAAAGCCACAAUCAGCCUGUCUCAAUUGGCACAGCAUACAGGGCAUCGCACAGACUUGCCCAGCUGGGUUGCUUAUCGAGGCCAAGUCUACGAUUUCACAGAUCUGCACCAGAUACAACCUUGGCAUGCACAGACGAUGAAGCUGUAUGCUGGUCUUGCAAUCACCGAGAAGUCGACAUCGCUGCUCAGCAAUGGUUCCGACAUAGCAACUGUGCUGCCCGCGUUUUACGUCGGAUCUUUGGCAUCCAAGCCGGCAUUCGCUACCGAGCAUAUGCGAGCGCUUUACGGUACGUGGGUGAGGUAUCUUCACUCGGUCGUGGAAACGCUUACAGCGUUCUGCUUCGAGGCCAAUAGGCUCCUGGAAAGAAGCACGACAUGGUUUGGACCCGAGAACAAUCGGCAGCCACUCUUCGAUUUCCUGCGGCUGCAGCAUCGGCUUCUCUCCGCUUCUGUGUCAAGCAUCUUCGGGCUGAGCUUGCAAGAGUUGCAUCUGCGUACCGCAUUUGCGCAUGUCAUCGGUGCCCGACCCGAUGCUGAGCUCCCUGAUGUGAUGGGCAUCAUUGCCCGUGCAACUAACUCGCCAAUGGCCGCGGCGAGCAAGGACGAACUUACUACAAUCAUGAAGCUGAGCGAGUCGACCUAUCUGACACCAGCUCAAAUCGCAAGCAUUCACCAGUACUGUCAAGCAGCGACAGCCAUCGAGCUGCACCUGCUCGAAGGAGUUCGAGAAGAGGCGUCCGUCGCGCUGGAAAUGAUUGAGACCGAAGCGGAAUUGACGGACAACGACUUGCCGCCAAACGCAACGACAAAGCUCCUCUGCGGCCUUGAGCGUAUCGCUUGCAGAUACGAGUCAUUCUGGCAGCACAUGGCCAUCGAAGGACUUGGGAAGUCCUGCGUCGCGAGGACUCGUCUUCGUGCCAAGUAUGAUAUCGUGCAGCGGGCUACCGACGGGACUUACUCGUCAAAGGUUCUUCCGCAUCCGUCCUCGCUGUCUGCGGUGCUCCGCUUCUCGGAUCAGGCUGUCAGCUUUGCGGAUCUGGUCGAUCAGGCGAUGCACGCAAUCAACGAGGAAAGCCUCGUUGCUGCACCGACCGAUGACACGAAGGAUCUUCAGACCACGAGACAUCGCCUGGUAUCGACUGCAUACGAUGCUAUGCAGAAUCGCAAGGCAAUGAGAUCACUCGCCUCGUUCCUUGGCUUGAGUGAGCCUUCAGUCAGGCGUCUUAGCCAGCUACCAUCCGAAAUCAGCGUCGCUUACAUCAUGUCUACCUAUGGGAGAGGUCGUCUAGAUACGGGUCACGUUCGCACCGACUCUGCUGCAAACAGUGUUUUGCGCACAAUGGACGAGCAGUUACCAAGUGAUGCUCCACGUCCGCGGCUGAUCCGGCGGAGAACGAACGCAAGCUCCAUAUCCAGCAGCGCACCCCGAAGCAUCUUUUCGACGCCAGCUGGAGCCGAUACUCCCUACACCAUGGCUUCGGUGACAUCGUCGCCUCAAGCUACUUUGCCUCUUCAACUGACACUGAGAGCAAGAGACAGGUCGAGUUCGAGAGCUGGAAGCCUGUCGUUCAAACCCAUGAAAGGACCGCUGCCCGUUGCAGUACCAACAAUCACAAGGGCUGCAGCACCUGGAAUGCCAAGGCGCCAGACCAUUGCGCUAGGCUCGAUGAAUCCAGCACAGUAUGGGACUGGGGAAAGCUACCAGCGGAUCCGGGAGCAGCAACCAAGAGCCAAGCUUAUGCCGACAUUGCUGCCUUCACCGUUGCUACCUGACAUGGUCGCGCAGAAUACGAUGACACGAACGGCUGAAAUUGGUGAAGCUACACCAGAAGAACUGCCUGCGAAGGAACAGGGGAGCGCCGACCAAGGUGACGUACUCUCUUCCUCGGACGCUCGUCCGUUCGCAAGGUAUGAGGCUUCCUCCCGGACGCACCUCGAUGCUUACGUGGCCAAGGAAGCUCCGGCACUCGUUCCAACGGCAGCAUCGAAACCGAGUCUGAAGGCUCCAACCUUUCCUCCCUUACGCAACAAGAUCGACCAGGUGUACUCUUUCUCCAUCUCUGACGGCCUCGCUGCAGGCGAAGUAAGGAGUCAGCACAUUGACAGCAAGCCUGCAGGGUUGGGAAUCUACGAUCAAGCCGCUGUCGACCACCUUGCGGACGAGAAAUCAGCGCCCGGCUCAAACUCCGACGGCCCUCGCCAUCAGAAGAGGACUCGGACGGUUGAGCGGAUCUUCUCUCACUCACGAGAAGAAUUGCAUCACGAGAAGCUAGUCUCGGAAAUGCCUCUGCCAUCCCGAGCAAAGACGGCCAAAGGCAAGAUUGAUCGUGUGUACACAUUUUCUGUGUUUGACGGCAAUGCUGCAGGACGGCCUCGUGCUAAGCAUGUAUCGCCGACUACUGGACACUGGACCGACCACAAGGUCGCCAAGCGUCGAGAGGAGAUGCAAAGUGUCUUCACACAUUCCAAGACUCGUCGAAAUGCCUCGAUAGUUAAGCAUGAUCAUCUCCUCAAGAUCACAAGAGUCACCUCGAAAGUCGAUCGACUGUACUCAUUCUCUGCGUCUGACGGGCCCAUUGCCAGGAAGUCGCACGCAAGAGCUCAAGGUCUCACGGACACAUCACGACCCUGUCUAUACGAUCAAGCCGCCAUCGACAAAUUCGCAAGCCGAAUGGCGACAGUUGGAAGGACUUCUCAACCACUAGCCAGAUCCGACGUGCAGAGUGUCUAUACGCACUCUCGAAGUGAGCUGACACAUCCACCGGAAACCUCAGUUGUCAUUGAGCUCAAGCCGUGCCGCCGCGAAGUCUUCCCAACGCUACUCAUGUUAUCGAAUCGACGAUUCGCACACGAGCCCUGCGCACAAUCGAGCAAGCAUCUGUGGCGAGGCCCACAGACCCUACAGUGCACAAAGCAAAGCGAUGCGGGCAUACGAACCACGCUCGGGUAUGUCGGGAUGUGGAUGUCUCCAGGAUCACGGAUUGCGAAUGCCGCCUUUGAAACCGCUAUCCUGGGAACGAAGGCACGGGGAUUUGGCCGUUCCCGAAAACGUUACUAUUCCGGAACAAGUGCAAGCGCAAUCAGCUCAGGCAUCUGGACUGCUGAGGCGUUAAAGGACGUUGCUCGCGGCGGUCGAACGCUAGGCUAUGUCGGACUCUGGAUGUCGCCGCCUUCUAUGAAGAUCAACGAAGACUUUGAGCUGAGUCGCCAAGGUGUGAGGAUUCCUGCUCUGAGCGCCUCACCGAACGCACUGCCUAGCAGUCAACCAAUGGACGAGAGCCCAAAGUCGUCGGUGGGAUUUGCUGCGGGGCUGUGGCCAAAUAUCGAUCACGAAGGCACCAGCGGGAUUGGUCUUACCAAAGGCUAUGUUGGAAUGUGGAUGAGGCCUGCCUCUCGGAUUGGGAAUGAAGACUUUGAGUACUUCGAGAGUGAGUGCAAAAAUGCUCGCCAGAAGCGCAACAUACGCAAGCCAUGCAGAUCCACAUGGGCGUUCGCGCCUGUGGUCGGCUCUAUGCAGAAGUUAUGGGAUCCUGCCAUGAGUUUCAACCAAGAGUCCCUAGCGCAGGGUGCCUUGACGCUUGGAAGUGUUGGCAUGUGGAUGAGCCCGCCUUCCAGAAAGAUCAAUCACGACUUUGAGCAGCACGUCGUUAACGCAACCAACUUCCUACUCAGAAGCAAGAACGACUUGCUCAACAGGAUGGCACAUGACUUUCAGCAAAUCAGCGCAGAGUUGACGGAGUUGUCGUUCUCAUCUGGCAGCGGAAAAACCUUGAUUCGAUCAGUGAUGGUACUCAACGACUCUACAGUGCCCAUCAUUCCAGAGCGGUGUCAGCUUCCAGCGUCUAGAACGCAAAGUCGGACGCUCGGUCAGGUCGGGCUUUGGAUGUAUCCGCCUAGCAAGAAACGAAACGUCGACUUCGAAGCAUACCGAGCUGUCACGGAUGCGAUUCCAGACACUUCUGGCAAGCGACUGAAAGAGUCGAAUGGGCAUGACGUGAAGCCGAUGUCACUGACAGGCGCCAAAAUCGCACAACUUCCGAGCCACAAAGGCUACACUAUCGGCUACAUUGGUAUGUGGAUGGAUCCGCCAUCACUGAAGACGAAUGAGGAUUUCGAUAUGGCGAAAGACACAAUGCAGCUCGCCGGUGGAGAUCCAGAAUGGCGCAGAAACGUUUCAUUUGUCAAUUUCGGUACCAAUUUACCCGUCGACCGGGUCGCCAGUGCUCCUUCUGAGUCGUCGGUCCUGCCCGCAGCAGGGCUCCUUCAGCUGCCAGUAGCACCAGAAUGGGCCACGUGGGGCGACUCGCCUACUCUGCCUGCGAAAGUUGGGCCGACGCCAGUAUUGACACCAGACAGCGCCGAGUCUGCCGCUGCAGCAGCAGCAGCAGUUGCCGAGUUCAAUAUACGGAGCCAUUCUCGGCAUCAAAGCGAGCGCAUUGACUUUGACGAGCGGAUGAGGAAGCUAAGCUUGGAGCUCGAGGAUUUCGGCAUUCCGGACUCUUACCUCGAUGGAGCUACUGCGACCGGUACGCCAACGAGUGGUAGGGCGCCUUCAACACUUGGGGAUUCUCCUUUGCUGCCGAUUAUGCUAGAUCGGAGGGCGGAGCACGCAGUUGGUACACCGGAAGUCCCCUCGAACCCGUGGCAUGAGGACGAAGAUGAGCACAACGAGGAAGUUGAGGAAGGGUGCACGGUCGAGCAUACUUUUCCACACCCGCCUGCCACCACACAACCAGCACAGCCGACGGCCAUGCCAGAUAGACGACCGCCACUAGAGCAGAUCAAAACUUCGCAUCCACAGCAUGGGCGAAGCGGAUCGAGGCUCGACGAGAACGGCCUUGAGAUCCUCUCGGCGGUCACAUAUACGCCCAGCAUGAGCUCACAGUCUGCAUCAUCCGGGCAACUUUCGACAGCAAGCGUACAGGCACAUGGUGCUUCACGUCCAAUCAUAACACCAGCGCAGAGCAGACCGCAGCGACCAGUCGUCGUUCGAGGCUUCGGCAGUGCGCCGACCGUUCCCGCAGCGAAGCCGACCAUGAGGGGCGCAGAUCAGCCUCUGCUCUCGUCAGCAACUAUGGCGCCAACACCGCCACCUCUGCGCUCUCAAUCUGUCAAAACGCCAGCUGCGCCGUCCCGCAUCAGUUCAGUCCGCAAUAUGUGGGAGAGGCGCGCCUCGCUUGUGAUCAAUGAUGUCGACAGUCCGACAUUGCCUGCGGCAAUGAGUCCGCUUAGGGCAAGGAAGACAAGUAGCAGGACCAGAAGUCCGCCGGAGCCGUUGAAGUUGGUCAGGAGCAAUAUGGUGGCGAGGAGUAAUAGUAAGCGGGGAGUUGUGCCGGGGUUUGAGAUGGUUGGGAGUGGGAGUGGAACAGGAGGCAUGGGAGAGCGGAUGAUGCACGGGAUGGGUGGGAUGAGUGUUGUUAGUCCGUUGAGUCCGGAGGUUCGGGUUUGCUGA